CCUCUGGGAGGGGAAGCCAGAAGGGUCUGUAAGGGAUUUAACCUCCUACCCUCGGUUGCAUGACGCCACCCCUCCCUUCGAAGCCUGGAGCUGCGCCUCCAUUUUUGUUUUGGGGCAGAGAGGCAGGGGCUCCUGGGUAGGAGGGGGUCAAAGGAAACGGUGGCUCUCAGCCGCCAGGGGAAAGGGUGCUGUCCUCCCUCUUUUCUCUCAGUGUGCACCCGGCAUCCCCUUCCACCUUCUUGGGGUCUCCCCCCUCCCGCCCCCUUGUUGCUAAGGCCCGGACCGUCAUCCCAGCAACAGCCACAGUCAUGUGACCGGCAAUGGCGGCGCUGACGAGAGGAUCUCCCUCUGCACUGGGGGAAAAAGAGGAGUUAGCCUGAUGAAGUUCCUUGAACUUGGAGAGGAUUCUGCAGGGGAGGAGAGGAGAUAGAAGAGCGUUUUGUUUCUGGGCUGGCUGAGGAAAUGCUCUCAUAACUCUUUGCCUUCCUCGUCCCCAGCUCUGGUCAGUUGAAUGUGGAAGUGGAGGGGCUUCUGCUGCUGUCACCUUCAUGGUCUCCUCAGGCCACACGCUCUCCAAGCAGCAGGGAAAAAGAGAGUGAGCCUGCAUGCCAAUUCUAAGCACUUCCGGAUCAAAUGUCGUUCGUCCUGUCCAGAAUGGCAGCCUGUGGAGGCACCUGCAAGAGCAAAGUGACUGUCUCCAAGCCUGUGUGGGACUUCCUGAGCAAGGAGACCCCAGCCCGGCUGGCCCGGCUUCGGGAGGAGCACCAAGUGUCCAUCCUCAUAGAUGGCGAGACUUCUGACAUCUAUGUGCUCCAGCUAUCCCCACAGGGUCCUCCCCCAGCCCCUCCCAAUGGGCUCUACCUGGCCCGGAAGGCUCUCAAGGGGCUACUGAAAGAGGCAGAGAAAGAGCUGAAGAAAGCUCAGAGGCAGGGGGAGCUCAUGGGCUGCUUGGCUUUGGGGGGUGGUGGGGAGCACCCUGAGCUGCACCGCCCAGGACCACCUCCUCUCCGAGCAGCCCCACUCCUGCCCCCAGGGGCAAGAGGGCUCCCCCCUCCUCCCCCCCUGCCCCCUCCACUUCCUCCUCGUCUUCGGGAGGAGACUGAAGAGCAGGAGAGCACCUGCCCCAUUUGCCUGGGGGAGAUCCAGAACGCCAAGACACUGGAGAAGUGCCGGCACUCCUUCUGUGAGGGCUGCAUCACGCGGGCCCUGCAGGUGAAGAAAGCCUGCCCCAUGUGUGGCCGAUUCUAUGGGCAGCUAGUGGGGAACCAACCCCAGAACGGGCGGAUGCUGGUCUCCAAGGAUGCCACCCUCCUGCUGCCUAGCUACGAGAAGUACGGCACCAUUGUUAUCCAGUAUGUCUUCCCACCCGGAGUCCAGGGGGCUGAACACCCUAAUCCAGGAGUCCGGUACCCUGGCACCACACGGGUGGCCUACCUCCCGGACUGCCCUGAGGGAAACAAGGUGCUGACCCUGUUCCGGAAGGCUUUUGACCAGCGUCUCACCUUCACUAUUGGCACGUCCAUGACCACAGGGAGACCCAACGUCAUCACCUGGAACGACAUCCACCACAAGACCAGCUGCACGGGGGGACCCCAGCUGUUUGGGUAUCCGGACCCCACCUACCUGACUAGGGUGCAAGAGGAACUGAGAGCCAAGGGUAUCACAGAUGACUGAAGGCCUUCCCUUUGCCAAGGCUCCUGCGGAAGCCUCUGUCCUCCUCUUUCUCUCUCUCUCUUUCUCUGCCCCUGUACCACCCAUGAGGGGAUUUGGCUGACUGGGGUGAGAUUCCAGAGGGGAAGGUGGCAGUCCCUUCCCCUGCCCCCCACUUGGCCAAGUGCUUCAGGGCCCUUUGAGCCAUUCCCCUCUGGCAGAGGCUGGUUUCCAAGGCUCCCCUCCUGCUCUGUGUGUACAUACUCUCUGUGCCCCUGCUCCUCCAGCAUCCUCGGCUUUUCCUGGAAUGUAUUGUGCUCCAGUGAUGAAGCUGAGGAAGGACCUGGGUGGGGAGGAUGGGGAUUCUUGAACUCCAGCCCCUAAACACUGACUCACCUUGGACUGAUACUAGCCACCUCCCCCAGCCAGCUGUGUGUUAAGAUAACAGUAGUCCUACCUUUCCUUAUGGAUCCUUUCUCUCCUGUGUCUGUCUGUCAGUCUGUCUUUCUCUCGCUCUUCUCUGCCCCUAUAAGGAGCCUACUCACCCUGAUCUGGAAUUGCUGCCAGACUGUAGCUUUUAAUUUAAUAAAAAUAAAGUCAAAUAUGCAACUCUA